GUGGGGAAAGGAAAUCAUUUUCUACGCAAAACUCAGGAAAACAAAACCUUAGGCACCCACAGCUGAGUCACUUCAGGGAGCUUUUCUCCCCACUUUAGUGGAGUGCAGCACCCUUGCACUUCACAGAGGGGUCUGGAGAGCAGCGCCAGUGCGGGUUCCAGGAUUUGCUGCUUAACGACGGCAUGCCAAUGGAGGCUCCCCGCCCAGGAACACACUUGCCAGCUGGGUAUGUCCCUCAGUAUCCACCAGCAGCAUUCCAAGGACCUUCGGCACAUACUGGACACCCUGCUGCACUCCAGACUGGCUACCAAGGUCCCCAGUCUGCUUACCCGGGGCCUCAGCUUGGCUACACAGUCGCAACAGCUGGCAGUGGAGGUUAUAAUGCAGCCCAGCUUCCUAUUCAAAGAAGCCAGGCUAUCAUUCUCGUGAAUACCCAGUGGAUGCCAGCACCGCCACCUCUUCAGAACUGCCCACCUGGGCUAGAAUACUUAAGUCAGAUAGAUCAGAUUCUGAUUCAUCAGCAAACUGAACUUCUGGAAGUCUUAACAGGCUUUGAAACAAAUAAUAAAUUUGAAAUUAAGAACAGCCUCGGGCAGAUGGUUUACCUAGCUGUGGAAGAUACUGACUGCUGCACUCGGAACUGCUGUGAAGCAGCUAGACCUUUCACCUUGAGGAUCCUGGACAAUCUGGGCCAAGAGGUCAUGACUCUGGAGAGACCCCUGAGAUGCAGUAGCUGUUGCUUUCCCUGCUGUCUCCAGGAGAUAGAAAUUCAAGCUCCUCCUGGUGUGCCCAUAGGUUAUGUGACUCAGAACUGGCAUCCAUGUCUGCCAAAAUUGACUCUUCAAAAUGAGAAGAAGGAGAAUGUUCUAAAAAUUGUUGGUCCGUGUGUUGCAUGUACCUGCUGUACAGACAUUGACUUUGAGAUCAGAUCUCUAGAUGAACAAUCCAGAAUCGGCAAGAUCUCCAAGCAGUGGUCGGGGUGUGUGAAAGAGGCCUUCACAGACUCAGAUAACUUUGGGAUCCAGUUCCCGCUUGACCUUGAUGUGAAGAUGAAGGCUGUGACUCUCGGAGCGUGUUUCCUCAUAGAUUACAUGUUUUUUGAAGGCUGUGAGUAGGAACAAAACUCAGUAGCAUGGUGGAAAGAAUGAAAGAAGACAGAGAAUAUCUGAUGUCUAUGUGAUGAGAUCGUGUAAAUGAGAAACAGAUGGCUUUAUUUUUCUUUAAUGUGUACAGUUGUGUUUUCUGAAUGAUAGUUGAUUUUCUACAUGUUUGAAAUAGACAUGGGUGCAUAUCUUUAUACACACCUAAAAUAUUCACUAAAUUCACGAUAAAAAUAAAAAUAUAUAUUUAGAAAUAGCGUUUUAUGGAAAAGUUGCAUCCUAAUUGUAGUUUAUUUUUCAUCUGUUGUUAAAUUUAAACCUUGCUAGUAUUAAUUAUAAAGUUACACUUGAUUCUGUCAAAUCUUGUUCGUUAGUUUCUUACAAGAAACCUGAUAUUAUUUUGAAAAUAAAUAGUUUGAAAAUUUUUUAAAUGUUACUAUUUUUGUUG